AAUUCGUCAUAUUGUCUAAAUUGUUCAUUUUUACACAAGAGAGACUGUUGAGGUGGACACUUUAUUAUGGACCACCAGUAUAGUGGUGAGGGCGAAGAUAGGUUUCAAGGAUCAGAGCAAUCUGCUACAAACUCAGAGGCAAGUUUUUCGCAACGUUCUGUAGGGGAAAGUGUCGCGGGUCAACAUUCACCUGAGAGUGAAGGAAGUGAUGAUGCACCCUCUGAGUUUCCGGAGAGAAUUUCCUUGAGGCAUUUGCUAACAUUAGUGACUAAUAAUAACCCGAAUGUUUUAAGGGCCUUUUUAGGAGGUGAAAGUCCCCAAAGCAACGAAGAACUCGUUCAGUAUUUGAAGAGGAACGGUAGCAUAUCGUCAAAGAAGGUAGAACAUGCUUUUCAAGUACUUCCAAGAGAUUUGUUUGUGCCUGAGAACCAAAAAAGCCAAGCUUUUGACAAUUAUCCCCUGCGAGUCGAGGAACUUGGCUUCAAUAUUUCAGCUCCCGAGAUGUAUGCUGUUGCACUUGAACACUUGAAGAUUGAAGAAGGUGAUAGAAUAUUGGAUAUUGGUUGUGGUUCUGGUCAUCUAACUUGUUUGUUGGCUUUUAUGGCUGGUGGUUCUGGUCUUGUACGUGGUAUUGAGCUAUCUCGCGAGAUUGCAGAACAUUGCAGAAAGAAUGUUGAGCUUGCAAGGUUUUCCCGUCCUGAGUUUGCACAGAACGCGGCAGAAAUAGAAAUCAUAGUGUCGAAUGUGUUCUUUCUUGAGGAAGAAAUCCACACUAACGCAUAUAAUCGAGUAUAUUGUGGUGCGACGUGUCCAGUAGCCUAUUUAAAUGAUAUUGUAAAGUUGUUGCAGCCAGGAGGCCUAAUGAUCUGUCCCAUCGGAGAUAAGCUUUAUGUAAUAAAGAGGAAGGAGAGCUCAACAGAUUCUGUCCAAUAUAGUAAAGAAGCGGUAGCAGAUGUUCGCUUUGGAAAUCUAGUGAUUCCUUCCAAAUACGACAUCCUUCGAGAGCGAUAUCGAAAGAGAAUGUCCUCAAGAUUUCAGUUGCAGCAACCAAUUUCAAGUUUUGAAUCUGCUUUAGGCUUCCAAGAUGUUGAAAGUUUGUUCAUGUCUUCUGAACGUAGCGACAUCUCAUUGCUGGUUCUAGAUGAUUCAAAUAGCUGCAACGAAACAAUUGAAAUACCAUCACAUAAGUUUGUCUUAUCUGCUAGGAGUGGACAUUUCCGUGCACUUUUUCAGUCUCAGAUGAAAGAUUCGAAAAACACGACCGUCCAUAUUCCCACAGAGUUUCCGUGGAGUGUUUUUAGGGAAUGUUUGCGAUAUAUUUACACGGAUAAGGCAUACAUUGAUAACAACAACUGUAUUCAAGCUUUGGAAUGUUCGCGUUUUUAUGAUAUACCAGAAGGCUUUAGUUAUCUUUGUGAAGAACAGCUAAGGAAGCGUGCUUUGGCAGCUCCUAAUGACGUGGCUUAUGUACUGGCUAUUGCUCAUCACUAUGCGUAUGACAGACAGUUGGAAAGAGAUAGACCCUGAAUUGGUGGACUUUGUCUUGGAAGAAGCGUAUGACACGUAUACUUAUUUGA